AUGUACUUAUUAUUAUCCAAUACCGAACGUCAAAAAUGUCAGAAAUAUUAUUACAAUUUGAAAUUUGAAGGAUUUGAAGAUUAUUUAGACAAAAAUAACCUUACACUCAUUUCAAUACUUCGAUUUUGUAGUAUCAAACAAGAUUUUACAUACAAUAAAUCUGCUGAACAUACGCUCAUCUCAAAAUUUCUACCAUAUAUUGCACAAAUAUCUAAAGAUGAAAAAUGGAUUAUGGCUGCAAAUAAACUCAAAAAAGAUGGAAUGCUGGAGGUUAAAAGAUUUUGGUUAGAUGUAGAAAUUGAAAGAGGUGAAUUUCAGAUGAAACAAACUGAGAUUCAGUUCAUUGUUGAUAGAUCAAUAUCAAAUAAUAAAACACAUGAUUUAAUUGAGGAACAAAAUUUAAAUUUUAUUUCAAAUUAUGAAAAGCAAACAUUGAAUAGUGGCGAAAUUUGUUCUGAGAAGAUUAAUAAAAAGAUAAAAACGACUAAGACAAUUUCUGAAGAUACAAAUACUUAUUCUGAAGAAGAUGGAGAGAAUGAUUUAGAAGUUAUUGAACAUGUAGGGGAAAAUCUUACAGAG